CCACAUGGCAUUGGGCAGGUCAUUGUAGUUAGGCCCACCGAGCGCUGCCGCCCGUCUCCCUGCGCGAGCCCGCGUGGCUCUUUCUCUUUGGGUCGUGGAGAGGGACACGCCUCUUACCCCACGACUGAAAAAAUUCUGGAAAUCGAAACCCACCCUCGAGCGACGCCAAGCGGCCAAGACGGAGAGGAGAACAAUUGGGGACGGGGAAAGUCCAGGGGGAAGCCACGGCCACCGGCGCGAUGAAACCGUCGCUUUCGAAGAAGAAGGGCAAGAAGAAGAAGAAGUCCUCGCUGCCGGCCGCCGCACCGGCCCCUCCGCCGGCGGAGGGCGCUGCGGAUACGGAGGCAUGUCCCCCGCUGCCCGGAACCAUAACCCUAACCGCUGCCACCGCUGCUGCGGCGGUGGUUUCGGAGACGGAGUCCAGCAGCAGCGGCGAGGCCUCGACGUGCCCAUCCGCCUGCUUCACCGCAAGCUCGUCUGGGACCGCGUCCUCGCACUCCUUCUCUGCCUUGUCCUCGUCGGCGUCCACAGCUUCGUCGUCGGCCGCCGGCGAGGAGCGGCGGGACCUCACCUGGCUGCUCGACGCAUUCGCCAGCGCCACCUUCGACCAGAUCGACUCCGCCUACCGCGAGGCCGGAGGGGACCCUUUCGUGGCCGCCGGUAUCCUGUCCUCCACGCAGGACACUCACCCGCCGCAGCCCCCGCAGCCGGCGCCGCAGCCCCCGCCGCCACCAGACCUCUCGCCGCGCAGUGGAUCUGGUGGAAGGAAGGCUGGUCGGAGGCCCAAGCGGGUUGCCGUGGCCGCUACGGGCAUGGUCGCGGACGUGAUUGGCAAGGAGUACACGCGACCCGCGGCUAAUUCUGUAGUAAGCAUGCCAAAUGCUUGGAAGGGUCGGGACGGGGAGAGCGAUGGCAGCGGGUCUGGUGGCCGCAAGGACAGUGUUGAAGAGGCAGAGCAGUUCCUGUGCUCCAUGCUCGGGGAUAAUUCCGAGCUUGGCAUGGGUGUUGUCAGAGACGUGCUAGGCCAGUAUGGGUACGAUGUUGAGAAGGCUUUGGAUGCAUUGCUUGAUAUAUCUGGUGUGUCUUCAGUUGAAAACAUGGAAACAAACCAUCAAAGUGCCAGAAGGAAUGACACAUGUCAUCUAGAUAUGUUUUCUGGAAAUGGGCUAUCAGUGGAGAAUCUGACUGCAGGGAAUAGAAGAAGUCUACGCCAGUUGACAGAUGAGAUAUCCAACACUGGGCUCCAGUCUGAAUUAGGACACGAGUUUUUAUGGGGUGAACCUCAGAUCAGUGACUAUGAAGGAUGCCAAAUUGAGGUUCAAGUAUCUUCUGAACCCAUCCCGCCAAUUCGCUAUGCGGAGGCUGUUAAGGAGGCACCACGCUCAUCAACAUUGCCGUCAAGAUCAACUGUAAUGAAAGCUGGUCCACAACAAGUCCUGGAUUCACUGUUUAAAAUUCCUGAAACACGCACGUAUGAGCCAAGUUCUAUGGACUGGAAAAAGGUAGUAAAGAAACUGCAAACAAUCAAUUAUACCGCUGCAUCAAACAAUCACGAAAGGCCUAAGGAUGGGGGUGGCUAUCGUGAGCUCCGUGGUGUUGCUGCAAGGCAUUACGAUAAAAUGAAAGAAUACUAUCAGAAAGCUGCCUUUGCAUAUUCGAAGGGUGACAGGUCAUAUGCUUCUUACCUUGCUGAGGAGGGGAAACAUUAUCGAGAACUAGGUCGCAUAGAAGACGAGAAGGCCAGCAGGAAUAUAUUUGAAGCCAGAAAUAAGCAUAUAACGAACACAGUAACCAUCGACUUGCAUGGCCAACAUGUCCAACAUGCUAUGAACCUUCUCAAAAUUCACAUGAUGAUUUGUAUUUGCAUUCCAUCUGUCUUACUGAGGGUAAUUACCGGUUGUGGUUCAGAAGGUACAGGGAAGGGAAAAAUAAAGCGCUCGGUUAUAGAGCUUGCGGAGAAGGAACAUAUUGAGUGGCGCGAAGAGAACUCUGGAACUGUAGCCCUUCGACUUGGUGGGCCAAGAGAGUAUCGGUUCCUUGAGCAUGAAAGCGAUUCUGACCUAGUGGGGAACUUUAACAUAGAUUAACUUCUGAUCUAAUCUAUGUAUUCCCGUAUUUAUGUGUUAUAGCUAUGGAUGCUGCCUAGGUUGCGAUGUAGGCUGUAGUUCUGACACAGAAGCUCGGUAUUGUAGUUGGGUAAAUUAUGGUGUAAUGUUGACCCCAGGCUGCUAACUGUGCAAUCACAGAAGCUCUGACUGUACAACCGUAGCCCUUCUGUGAGCAAUGCAACACAGGAACCGUAAUCAUCGUGAGUUGAAGAAUAUCAUACUAUGGCCGAUUGCCACGGGAACCAAUUUUGGCCUGUACCAACUGGAACUUACGAUUUGUAUGAAAAUAUAUUCAACACUUA